GAAGGCUUGUUUUGUUGUCAUGGUUCGCGAAUCCCCCAGCGUGGUUGUGUGCCUAUAGUUUCUAGGAUCUACUCUACUCUACUACGCGUGGUCGUCAUCCACGCUGCGUAGUUCGUUGGCGGCUUGAUUAUGGCAGAUGAAGCAAUCGUACGAUCGCAUCUCCUGGACUUUGAGAGUGGCGAACACAACUGGCGUGGAUACGUGAAGACCGAUCAAGAACUGGAGCACCUAGAAAGAGCCCUUCUCGGCCUAGGAGUGUCAUUCAAGGUGACAUCCUCCAGGAAACAUGCCGAAGAAAACCUACAUAAGGCAGGAAAGCUGAAGCUUAUGUUCUCCAUCAACCGGGGAGCUGUGCCUCUGAACUUGCAGCUGCCCUUCAGAGUACUAUCAUUGACUGACAAAGGGUGCCUGUAUGGAAAAGACAAGCACUCACACAAAGGUCAAUCAGAGGACUCUCCUGUUCCUGACCAGCUGUCCCCUGGUCCUCCCUGCUGUGGUCUCGUUCCUGCCUUCGGCCCUGCAGCCACCUCCACCCUGCCUAAUCCACCUGACAGCCUCUAAAGUCGCCUCGGCGGCUGGUUCGCCCACUCAAGCUUUGGCCCAGGCCCGAGCGUGGUCGCUCCGGCUUCCGUUCCUGGCUGUCUGCUGUUCCGGCCUGCCGUUCCUGUGAGGCCCCCAUCCCAGCGACUUUCGGCAGUUGGCUGCCACACGCAACUUGCAGCCACGCCUCGUACGUUCCCGGCUGCCAACCUCUCCAGACCGGCGAACUUCAAGCAGGCUAGCUGCCCGCCCUUGUUGUGCAGUCUUCCCCGUUACUCCUGGGCUGUGGACCUUCUCCCGGCAGUGGGCUCUCCCUGGUGGUGGAACUUUUGGUGGGACGUUAAGUGUGACCAUGGCCGACCUAUGGACUCGUAUCUUCGGGAAGACGACAUCACCCUUUUGGACUUUGCCCCGUUUGCCAGUCCCCUUGCGGCUGAGCUGACCUUGCCACUUGGCCUCGGACAGCCUCUUUCACAGGCUGGCCUCGGUCUUUAGGAGGGGGGAAUGUGGGAAUCGAGCGCGCCGUCCCCUUUGGCGCCUCGUUCCCCAGCUAGCGUGUGUGUUGGCCCCGCGCGGCUCGAGCGCCGGGAACCGCUGCUAAUCGGCAGUAUGGCGACCACGGUGGUGGCGCCAGGCCUCUUUGUCUGGUGCGAGCCAUGUGUCGGCUUCCCGGCGCGCGGCACACGUCCGGGCAUGUCUGGACAAGCCACCGCGCUAGCUUACGUCACUGUGCAACGCCUGUCCUCAUUGGCCGCCAGUGACAACCCCCUUCCCCCUGAGCUCGCUUCUGUCUGGCGCGGGCUUGCCCGCGUCAGAUGCUCUCAGGCCCGCACGAGAGGUUGACGCGCUGCUCUGGCAGGCGGCUUCUCGUUCGUGCACUCGACUGCUGCCCCUUUGUGUAAUAGUCGUAGCGCCACUGGCAAGCGUACAUGAUCGGUCUUGGGAGUUACCCUGACGGCCCGCAAACCCAUGAUUGUCGCACUGUGCUGCAUCUUGGGUUAAUAAACCCGUGUUUGU